UUUCUUCUUUUUUUUUUUUGUUUUUUUUGUUUUUUAAUUUUGGUGACGCGUAUAAGAAAUGAUAAGUUAGUGCCCAAAAGAAAGAAAGGAAAAAUAAGUAUUAUGUGCAAACAAACAACUUGACAUCAACUAAAAAAAGAUAUUAUUUAAAUGAAACGUCAGUAACAAGCGGUAGUGAACAUAAAAGAUGCAUGAACUUCCACUGGCCGUUUUGCUAGCUGAAUGGUUGGCCUAUUCUUAUACUCAUAUAAAUUAAGCCACAUAUUGUAGUAUUUUCCCAUAAGACGUAACGGUGAGCACCUUAAAAAUAGCUCGCGAUCAUCUUAAUCAAGCUGAAAAUAAGCAUUGGACAUUCAAGAUGAAUGAGUUGUUUUAAAUAUGUCCGUCUGUCUUCUGUUUUUUAGCUGUCAUCAAAGCAAAAGUUAAAUCAGAAGGCUGAAACGCGAAGCACGUCUCCAAUGGCUGCUGGCUGAGUUUAAAUUUGGGCACGAUUUGCCCUUAAUUAGGCCAGGUCAUGUAACCUAAACAACCUAAAACAGAUAUGAUGUACAAUUACCAAAAUAAAUACCAAAAAUUUUUGCCAUUUUUCUAUAUUGGAUUGAGUAAAUGGACAGACGAAGAAAUGGAUAUGCUGCAUGCAUCCAUAAUACGAUUUUCAGAUGAUUUAAAUAAAAUCAGUUUAAGCAUCAAAAAUAGAACAGUCUCACAAAUAAGGCAAACGCUGAAAAAGAAGGCUUUUGAAGACGCUGGCAUACCAGCUAAACAAGUUCCGGUACAACAAGUGCAAAAUGUUAUACAAACGGUACAGCCUUUACAACAGCAGCAACAACAACAACCUCAAAUUCAACAGCAGCAUCAUAUAGUUAGGCAGCAACAGCAACCGACAACAAUUAUAACUAGUGCUACGCCGCUCGCCACAACGACUCAGCAACAAACAACGCAGCAACAACAACAACAGCAGCAACAAUCGCAAUCAUUACAACAGCCGCAUCAGACAGUACAUAUACAACAUGUCCAACAUUUAGUACCUGUUCAACAGGCAAUACAGAAUCAGGCGGCGGGAACGAGCCAAUCUCAAAUUAUACAGACGUCCCCUAAACCAAUCAUUAUACAACAGGCAUCAACCUCGCAUGCCUUGCAAGUGGGCGGUAACGUCGUUAAUAGCAACGUGCAGGCAGCAGGGAUAAUGACGCCACAGAUUUCUCAACCCCAGAUAGUGCAUUUGCAACCGCAACAAUUGCAGCAACUGCAACAAGCUCAUGUGCAAUCGCAACAUCAACAAAUCGUUCAACCCGCCGUUCAAUCCACCUCGUCUACGACGACUACAACCACGGUAACGCUGCAGCAAUUUCAGCAAAUGCAAGCCCAGAAAGCUUUGCUAGCGGCAGCCGCAGCAUCUUCGGCGGCCAAUAUAAAUGCAAACGCAAGAACAAAUGCUGUCGUUACAAACGCGACGCCGGUAACGACCACGUUGUCUGAAAGUGUAGUUAUUCAAAAGCAACCCACAAUUGUUGCUGUCUCCAAUGCCAGCAAAAUACUGGCGGCCAAUAAUGUGGUUGUCACCAAAACGGUUGCCAUCAAUAAUGCUAAGAAUGCCACUGUCGUGUCUACUGCUGCCGCUGGCGUUGCGGCUGCUGCUCCUGUUGCCGUUACUCCAGUGGCUAUACCAACUUCGGUGGCUUUAAAAUCUGGACCUGACGUCACCAUGACCUUAAAUCGCAUUAACACCCAAGAGAAUGAAGUAGAUGUUGAGGAGUGUUUGCCUGCUGAUGUGGUAAAAUUGGAUUUCGCUGGCGAAGAAGUCGCCGGAUGAAAUUCAAAGUCUGGGCCAAGAACUACAGCAGUCUCUUUGCCAGCUACGCGUCCAGUCCGCCCGACAAAUGCCAAUUUAGAAUUGCCUGUCACCAAUCUAAGUGUUGCGGACGUUAAUAAUCAAGUUUCCCAUGAAAUCGAAGAUUUUUAUUUUUAAAUCCAUUUAAAUCCCACACAAUCCCCAAACACACGCAUAGAAAUUUUUUGAUCAUCAUUAAUUGGAUAUUUUCACAUUUUCACAAUUUUAGUUUUCUUUUUUUUACUUAAGCGCAAAAAAAAAAUCACGAAAGAAAAUUCUUAGUUUUAACUGUUACAACAAAAACAAAGAAUAAUUAAACAUUAUUGAAACUUUAAAAGAAAUAGUAAAAAAAAAA